UGCCAGUACCACCACCACCAUGACCUCUGUGCCUGCCGGUACUGCCGCGCGCACACUCACUACAGCAACAGCCGCAGCUCCAUCUCCGCAAUUGCAAUCAAGAUCCCAUCCUCCUCUUUCUCAUCCCCACCCAUACCAAAUUCAACAACACCAACAUCAACCUACAUACGCAGCAACCCAAAUUAGAACCACCCAAAACCCUAACCAGACCCAGCAAGUCCCCAAUUCAUCAACUGCGACUUGUCAGGGUGUCCUCUACCCUGUGGCUUCGUCGGGACGCGGCUUUAUUUCUAACCCCAACAGGCCUCCACUUCUUCAGAAACACGCGGUUACUGUUGCGAAUCCUGGUGGGUACCCACUUCUUCCCGUCGGGUACCCGAGGGUGCAUCCAGUUGGGGCCGUUUCGCCACAAUUUGAUGGCGCCGUGAACUUGCACCACAUGGUUAGGCACCCUAGUCCCCACUUGCAGCAACAGCACCAGUACCGCCAGCCUGUUGGGUAUGCAGCUGCUGCUGGUGGUGGUGUGAUCAAGGGGGUUCCAGUCUCUGGGCAACAAAAGGUUGCUCCAUCUCCAUCUCCUGUCUCUGAUUCUAAUGGCCAUAAAAAAACGAGGGAUAGAAGCAGAGAUGAUACUACCAUAAUUAGAGAUCGAAAAGUUAAAAUAUCAGAUGGAUCUUCUCUUUAUGCUCUUUGCCGAUCAUGGUUGAGAAAUGGGGUUCCUGAAGAAAGUCAGCCACAAUAUGGAGAUGGUUUAGUGUCUCUUCCAAGACCUUUGCCAAUACCUCCAGCUGAAGCUCAUAGGCCAGCAAAAAAGGAUGGCAGCGAAGAAGUAGAGGAAGAUGCAGUGGAUGAGGAAUCUGUUGAUCAUCUUUCGACGGAUGAUAUAUUAAAAAGACACAUCAAGCGUGCUAAAAAGGUUCGAUCAAGGUUAAGAGAAGAAAGAUUAAAACGAAUAGCCAGGUACAAAACCAGGCUAGCUCUUCUACUUCCACCACUCAUAGAACAGUUCAGAAAUGAUACAAAUGCAGGAAACUGAACCCUACUGGCAUAUCAAGACAUCAUCAAUGUGCCCGAACUGAUCAGUGUGCCCUCAUCCGUUCAUGCCACCCCGAUAAACACAUGGAGACUGGAGAGUGGGAAGAGUAGAAUGCUGAUCCCAUAGUUGAUUAAAAUCUUGCAAGCUUUUUUUGUGAGUGUUCAUGAACUUGUUAGCUUCCCUGUAUUGCAUUAGAUCUUCCUAAUUAUUAACAAAUUCAUAGUUGGAGACUGAAUUUUCUUUUUCCAGAAGAAGGGUGAGAAAACUGCCAUUUUAUUAUCUUCCUGUAGUGUUCCUAGGUUGGUGAGGAGUUAUAGGAAUUUCCCCCUGUUUUUUUUUCCUUGUCUGUUUGUUCAGUUUCUACUUUUGAGUUUUGACCAGAGUUUGAUAGACAGACUGCAUGGAAAGUUAAAUUUAUCCUUCUUUUUGAAAA